AUGGCGCCCGUACCGUGGAAUAUCACCCAUGUUCCGUUCUACGGGCUUGCGGCCGGGGCUGCUGUGUUCAUCUUCUGUGCAUUCAAGGUCACUCAAAGCAUUCAAAGAUGGAACUUCGCUCGCCAGAACGGCUGCCAGGAGCCCACGCACUCGGUGUGUCAUGGUCUGUUCGGUAUCGGCAUGAUCAUGGAGAUGGUCAACGCAGCGAAGAAUAAUCACUUCGUAGAACUUCUUCGCAGCUGGCAUGGAAACUACGGACCUACAUUCAAAGCUCGACUGGCUGGCAGCACGACAACAUUCACAGUCGAGGCUAAAAACGUCCAAGCAAUCCUCGCGUUGAAAUUCAAAGAUUUCUCUAUUGGGACUUAUCGAAAGAGCUCCUUACGUCCAGUAUUUGGCGAGGGAAUUUUCACAGUCGAUGGGAAGAAGUGGGAGCAUUCAAGGGCACUCCUUCGUCCCAACUUCUCGCGUGUUCAAAUUACCAAUACUCAAAUGUAUGAGAGUCAUGUCUCGGAUGUCCUGAAGAAGAUACCUCGUGAUGGGUCGACGGUUGAGUUACAAGAUCUGUUUUUGCGUCAGACCCUCGAUACCGCUAGUGAAUUUUUAUUUGGAGAAUCCGUCCACUCCCUGCGGAACGACAACGCUGGAGAGGCCGCAUUGUUCGCAGAUUGGUUCAACACCGCCACAGAAGGAACCGCGACUCGAUUUAGACUUGGAGCGUUGGGAAUGUUCUACCGAAACCGAAAUUACUCAGAGGCAGGAAAGAGUCUGCGAAACUACAUCAACAGAUUCGUGCAAAAGGCCAUCGACUACCGGGUUGCAGUGAACAGCGGUCAGAAAGUCGAUCCGAAGAUCAAGGAGCUAACAGAUAACCAAUACGUGUUUUCCUAUGAGUUGUCAAAACAAACACUCGACCGGACGGAGAUUACUGAUCAGCUCUUGAGUAUUCUCAUUGCUGGUCGUGACACCACCGCCAAUCUACUGAGUAUCACCUUCUUCAUCCUGGCUAGACGACCGGAUAUCUGGAACAAGCUGCGAGCCGAGAUCAUCACCUUGAACGGACGGAAACCAUCAUUUGAAGAAAUGAAGUCCUUGACCUACAUGUCUUGGACCUUUAACGAGGCUCUGCGACUCUACCCUAUUGUGCCAUUCAAUCAACGAGAGGCCAUCAAGGAUACCUACCUGCCAGUGGGCGGUGGCCCAGAUGGAAAGUCCCCAGUCUUCGUCGCAAAGGGAGAACAAGUCAUGUUUAGUCUAUACACAAUGCACCGCGAUCCUGAAAUAUUUGGUGCCGACGCCCAUGAAUUCCGACCCGAGCGAUGGGAGAAGAUCAGACCUAGCUGGGCUUACCUGCCCUUCAACGGCGGGCCGAGAAUCUGCAUUGGACAGCAAUUUGCAUUGACCGAGGCUGGUUAUACGACCGUGAGACUUAUGCAGGAGUUUGAGAAGAUCGAGAGUCGGGACCCGAAUCCUUGGGUUGAGGAACUCAAGUUGACCCUGUCGAGUGCGAAUGGAACGAUGGUUUCCCUGACACCUGCUCAGAACUGA